AAAUAAAAGAAGAGAGCAUAGGAGCCAACCAACCGUCACCCAACUAAACUCCAAAAAUUCCCCCACGAUUUCCAAGAAUGACUUGACGUUUUUAACUCUUCACUCACUCUCACACUCUUGCUUUCCAGGACUACGUCCUGACUCGGGCCCGGAAUGGACCCUUCCACCCGCCACCACCGCCAGGCUCGCCGCCGAUCAUGGUGUUGCUCUUUCACGGCGCCGCCUCCUAGCCCCGAAAACCUCUCUCUUUCUCACCUUAAAUCCUUUCCCUCCAACAAGUCGGAAAUCCUCUUCAAACCCAGAGCCAACUCCGUCCCUAACUCGCCCCAGAACUCCAAAUCUGGUCUGGGCCUCAAAGGGCGGACCCGGAUCGACGCCCGCCGGAUCUUGUCCCCGGGUCGAGUGUCCCCAAUAGACUCCGAUUCCACCGUCCUUUCCGUCCAAGAAGAAAUCCCCGCGCCAGUCGAUUCCUCAACAUCUCUUCCCAAAGCCCAAAGCUUCCGGGCCCCAGCGGCGAGCUCGUCCCCAAGCUCCCGAAGUGCCGAGAAUGACGCUGUAUUUGACGUGAGGUUGAACUUGCGUGGGAAGAGAGGUGGGUGCCUCGUCUUGGAGCUGAACUCGGAGGUCCUAAGCUCGAGUUCGGAUUUAUUCGCUGGCUUGAUCAGUGAAUAUAGGAGGAAUUCGAGCGGCUCGUCUUCGAGGCGGAAGGUGUGUAGAAUUGAGGUGCCGGAUGUGGAGAAUCUCAGGGUGUUUAGGGAGACCGUCGAGCUGAUGUUCGAGGACGAUAUUCCAAAGCGGCUCUUGAAGAUCGGUGUGUAUCGGUGCAUCGAUAUACUCGAGGUAUCAGCAGGUAUCAUGUUCACCAAGGGGAUUUUGUCCUGUUUAAAGUACCUUGAGGCUGUUCCUUGGACCGAGGAAGAAGAGGAAAAACUGAGGAUCCUGUUUACAAGAUUUAAGUUUGAUGAUGCAACAACCAGAGAUAUUUUAUCCAGACUGUAUGCUCAUGGCUCGGUAGAUUCCCAUCAACAUUUAGUGAGACAGCUUGUUUUGUCUAUCACCAGUUGUACCGAUGCCAAUGCUAGGAACGAGCUGAAGUCAUUAGUCAAGGGUCUCCUGUGUAGAAGUUCAGUCUAUGAGGACCAAUCUGACCUCAAUAAGGAAGACCUUUACGUUGCUUGCCAGUCAUGUCUGAGUUCACUUUUCAGCUUGUUUGAGGAGGCCUCUGGUACUAUCUCCCAUGAGAGAUUGUCAGAGAAGGAAAAGGAUAGGCCGUUGAUUGAACGCAUCUCAAGACAAGUAGAUAACAUCAAUUGGUUGCUAGAAAUCCUGUUUGAUAGGCAAAUGGCUGAGGAGUUUGUGGAUAUGUGGGCAGAUCAAGGAAAGCUGCUUAUAAUGCACGAGAAUUCAUCUCCAAUGGUCAGGUACGAGCUCAGCAGGGUUUCAGCCCUUCUAUUCAUUGCCAUUGGGACCAGAAAACUGCACUGCCGUUCAGAAUCGAGAUCCAGACUUCUCCUGGCAUGGUUUGGGCCUAUGAUGCUGGACUUUGGUUGGCUGCAGAGAUGCAGAAAAGGGCUCGACGUGAAGGCAUUGGAGGAAGCAAUGGGUCAGACGCUCCUUACUCUUCCUUUGAAGCAGCAGUAUGUGCUGUUUAUGGAAUGGUUUCAGUGUUUCUCCCAGCAUGGCACUGAAUGCCCUAAUCUAAGCAAAGCCUUCCAGAUUUGGUGGCGACGCUCAUUCCUAAGAGGCUCAGAAACUCAUGCAAUUGAAUCCAGGUAACAGGCAACAAUUCCUGAUUCCUCUAUCAUUCACUCGUGUGUGGUAUUGCAGUAGAAGUGUAGGUGUGAGAUAUUUGGAGAAACAUCUGGGAGUCAAUAAUAUCUAGAUCAACUGUGUAGAUUUGUUGUAACAGCUCUAAGUGCAUAAUAUCUAAGUGCAUAAAUUGGAAUCUCAAUAAUUUCUAUGA